AUGGCUCGUGGCAAGAGACUCGCUUCCUCUACUCCCUCCGCGCGUGCAACCAAGCGUAGACGCACCCAACCUACAGACGCGGGACCAGCCAGUUCAAGCUCCACUCCUCUCCUCGAAUCCCAGACUGCCAGCAUAGACCCUGAACUGCCAGAGGUCGUCAGAUCAGAGCCUCAUUUUGGUAAAAGACGGCUUAGCACACAGCUGGCUCUGAACCUCCCUCCUCUACAUAAACUGGGCGAUAUCUAUCAUUCGAUCACUGCUCGAGCACUGGAGCUUAACCUUGGAGAGUUUCUUCAACAUAUUGGGUCAAAGCCUUUGAGGAUUGUUACUGCCUGCUCAGGGACUGAGAGUCCGAUAUUGGCCUUGGAGUUGGUGCAGGAUAAUCUGAGGAAGCACUUCAAUCAAGACUUCACGUUUCGUCAUCUUUUCAGUGCAGAAAUUGUACCUUAUAAGCAGCGCUAUAUCGAUAACAACUUUCAUCCACGUUUGCUGUUUCGUGAUGUGACUCAACUGAAGGACCGUGUUGCUCAAACCGCUUAUGGCUCUCUGGAGAAGGUUCCCAAAAACCCAGACAUGUUAAUUGCCGGAUUCUCUUGCGUUGACUUCUCUUCACUGAACAAUAAGCGCAAGACCCUCGAUGACAGCGGAGAAUCCGGCGGGACAUUCUGGGGGAUCCUCGGCUACGCAAAGAGGUGCAGGCCGAGAAUUGUCGUACUGGAAAACGUACGGACGGCCCCAUGGGGAAAGAUCGCCGAGGCAUGGGGCGGUAUUGACUACUUCGCGUGCCAUGCAGAGGUAGACACUAAAGCAUACUACCUCCCACAAACCCGCGAGAGAGGGUAUAUGCUCUGCGUUGACAGGCAGCGGAUGCGAGAGCACGGCCUGGAGGAAACGGCCAUGGCGGACUGGAUCAAGAUUCUGUCUAAGUUCAAACGCCCUGCAAGUUCACCUGCUGGUAUGUUCCUGAUGGACCCUGACGAUCGUAGAUUGGAGCAGAUAGAGAACGAUAUGACGACGCGGUUAGCGUCGCAUACAGUCUACAAUUGGGAGCGGUACCAAGUCAGGCACCAGAACUACCGCAUGAACAUGGGCUUGGGAUAUCGUCGCCCGUUCAGCCGCUCGCAGGAGGACGGAUCUUCUCAGAUGCCGGAUUUCACCUGGCAGCCUUGGCUCCGGAGUAUGCCUGAGCGAGUCUGGGAUACGCUUGACGCCAAUUUCCUCCGCAAGCUCGUGGAAGGGUAUGACAUGAACCACAAAGAACGGUGCAUCGAGCUUUCUCAGGGUAUCGAGCGAGAGGUCGAUACGCGUGCGUACGGCAUAGUAGGCUGUAUCACUCCCUCCGGCAUUCCGUAUUUGACCACCAGGGGUGGGCCUCUCUGCGGACUCGAGUCCCUUUCUCUUCAGGGAUUGCCGUUGGAUAGAUUGAUACUUGCCCGCGAGACUCAGGCGGAACUUCAACAACUUGCUGGAAAUGCGAUGAGUUCGACGGUCGUGGGCGCUGCUAUUCUCUCUGCCCUUAUUGUGGGUCACAAAGUCCUUGAUAAAGGUGGCCAGCAACCUCUUCCGAAGAAAGAAGUCCCGAAGCACAAGCGAUUUAAGCUGUGUCACGAUCAUGAACUCGUUUCAGGCAGAAUCAAUGUCGACGAAAUGACUGAUGUAACCAUCUCUGAUAUCCAAGCUCAAGCCGCGAGUAGUGCGAGAUACUGCAUGUGCGAACGCCAAAAUGCCAUAAAGAGUGAUAUCCUUCGAUGUAAGCUCUGCUACCAUACCGCUUGCUCAGACUGUGCCGGUAACCCGACUCAUGAUUACCAACGUGCCUGCGGACUAAUACGUACCCAGCCGUUAGAUUUUGUGAGCCGACUCCGAAGCUCUCUCCCCGCUCGACUGGUCAUAUCCGGCAUCUCGCAAGACCAUUAUGAUGUCUUCAAGGCGGACAUAUCGAUCGAUUGUCCCCCUAGUGUCUGGAAGAAAUUCUUAGACGCAGUAGCUCUACUGAUGAGUGAGGAGUUCCGUUUUGUCGACAUCAAAAGGAGCUCAGUGUGGACAGUCACUUAUGAGGGUAAGCAUGGAGUUAUAAGUCUUGUUGUCAGUGAUUCUUGGUCGUGUUGGUCGCUCCAUGCAAAACCCUCAGAGGACGAACCUGUCGUCUGUCUCAUUCGCGAAAUCUUCUCGAGGCCAAUUGCACGCAUGACUGCCAAGUCAGAUUCCCUUCUGGAAGGCGAAUGGGAGAUCCUCUCCCCUAUCAGUUCAAAGUGUGCGCUCACGUUUUUGGGGAAUGGUCACCGCGUCGAAUCUUUCGAAGCCAAAUGUGGUAUUCAAGUUAAAGGUUUCCCUGAAUCCAAAGUUUGGACACAAAUCAUGGUCGAUGGAUCUGAUGAUGAUAUCGAAAGUUUUGGAAUAGACGUUCGAGGGACAUAUGAUCUUCUUCCUCACUGCGGAACAGCGAGUGGCUGCUUGCAUAAGAAACCGGCCGCUGGGAACUCCCCUGCAGUAUACUUCUUUUUGGAUCCCUCGAAGCUCGGUGAGCCAAUACACGACUCUUUUGUCUUUUCUUUGGAACACGAACGGACUCUUGGAUAUGCAUCUCGUUCGACUAUCGCAGAAGUUUCUCACAAGUGGAGGUCUUCAAGUCUGGGUUCGGAGCCGGAGUAUGCCAACGUGUACUAUCGUAAAUCCAUCAAGCUGCAAGCGGUCACGUUGGCCUCCUAUGUUCCAGAUUCCCCCAUCAUCUGCUCCAAUCUGAAGCCUCUCGCUUCAAUGGUGAUCAGUAGUCGGGACUGUCGUAGUGCGAAUAUCACUCUUCUCUCUUUUGAAACACAGGCCACAGCUAUCGAUUCUUUCUGGAGAAAGGGACCAUGGGACGUGGCUAAUCCCGUGGAAUCCCCAGCUCUACUUGGAGAUAUUUCUUGGUUGCUUCAAAAGGCAGUUGGCUUUUCUGCGUUUCAGAAUUGGAUCUCAGUCAACGAAGGCAAAUUGUUGGAAAAGUCAGGUAGUCCUAUAUGUGGAGUGUGUGUACCAGUGAAGCCCCGGAUCAUAUGGGGCCGCAACACUCGAGGACAGGUCAAGGCAUAUGAGGAUCCACAUGAUGCAGCUCUGUACGAACGACAGAUCAAGUUCAGACCUCCACCUUUUCUAAUAUUCCGUCAAGUGGACGAGGAGGAUAUGGGACAUAUGCGCGUCACGCUCAACGUUCAGACUCUGUUGCAUCAAGCCUAUGGCAAGCUACUGAACACGAAUGUCUCUAACAAUGCUUCUUUUUUCUGGCGCAUCAUACCCAACUCUUAUGAUUCGAGAAAUCUCGUGCUCCCCGAUUUCAGUCUCGUCAGUAACAGAAAUGAUUCUCAAAGCGCUCAACCGCCUAACUUCCAACUCGAUCUGCGGCCUGAGCAGCUGCGCUCCCUCUCGUGGAUGAUCCACCGUGAAAGAGUUGACAUCGAACCUUUUGUUGAAGAAGAGGUAGAGGAGGCCUUUCUUCCUGUGCUGAUGUGGCGCGCGGAGGGCAAAUUAUGCGUGGAGAAAACCGUCCGUGGCGGUGUCCUAGCGGACGACGUAGGGUAUGGGAAAACAGCUAUCACUCUCGGACUGAUCGAUACUCAAUACAGUCAACAGACUGCGCCAGAGCCCAUCGACGGCUUCAUACCCACAAAUGCCACUCUCAUCGUUGUGCCCAAGAUCAUGAUCAAACAAUGGCAGUCUGAGAUCACAAAGUUCCUGAAAGAUACGUACCGUGUGUUGGUGAUCGACGGACUAGCGGCAUUGGGACGGAAAACUGUUCGAGAUAUACAGCAGGCAGAUAUUGUUUUGGCUUCUUGGGCUGUUUUUAACAGCCAGAAUCAUUACGAGAAAUUGCAGCAGUUCACCGGCAUGCCGCGAGUCCCGCCAAAGGCAGGCCGCAAUUUCGACGAUUGGUUUGUUAAAGCGCAUACGGUGAUGAUGGAGCAGAUCCAGCUCCUAGUGAACCAAGGCCCCGGAGCAGUGCUUGAGUCAAUUCAGACCAGACGCCAGGAAGUCAAGGACAACGAAGCUAAUUCCACAUAUAUCCCGUCAAGGCGGCUUAAGGGAGGCCAGUUUGCAGACGUUCUUCAAGGCCAGGAUCUUGGCACUGAAGCGGGGACUCAACAUGCCGAUUCAUCAAGUGAGGAUGGGCUGUCAGAUUCUAGCGAAGAAGAGGACCCCGAAGAAAUUCGGGCCAGAGUCGACAAGCUCCUCAAACUCCAACCUAGGACAACCGCUCCAACGACCUUAAGAAUGGAAACCGAUAACGAAAGUGAUUCAAAAGAGAGCGAGAAUGAGGAAUCGCCGGUGGCAUCACGCUCUGGGAAAGCACAAGGUUGUGGUAAAAGAGGCCAAGGUGUGAAUCGCAAGCGUGCACCCGUUAAGACGGGCAAAGACUGGGAUGACAGAAAGGAGUUUGGCAUAAAUAAUACCGCUCAACAAAAUUGGACGACAGUCAAGCUUCCUCUUCUCCAUGCAUUCUCAUUCAAUCGACUUGUUAUUGAUGAGUUCACCUUUGCAAACCCCGAACGACUGGUGCCCCUUCUCAAGCUUCAGGCUCGUUCAAAAUGGGUUCUAUCUGGUACACCGCCGCUGAAUGACUUUGCUGAUGUAAAUACGAUUGCACCCUUCAUGGGCAUCCAUCUCGGUAUCGACGAUGAUGACCUUCAGUCACAAAACGCACGGCUUAAGAUGAUCCGCAGGCAGCGGUCAGAAGCAGAAUCUUUCCAGGCGCUGCGGGCCCCUCGAAGUGAGGAAUGGCAUCGUCGACGGCACAGUAUUGCACAAAGAUUCUUGAACGAGUUCACUCGCAAAAAUGUCGCAGAUAUUAGUGAGAUUCCGUCAUCAGAACACAUAAUUCUCAUUCAGCAAUCACCUGCUGAGACAGCGAUAUAUCUUGAAUUGUGCAAGCAGUUGAUGACAUACAACCGUUUGGGCCGCCGAGGUGGCAGAAAGGGUAUCAGGGGUGACCAGGAAGAUAGACUGGAUGAAGUAAUUGGAAGCAGCAAAACAAGCGAAGAAGCCCUUCUCAAACGGUGUUCAUCUCUCGCUUUGCAGGGUCGCUGGCACAACGGUAUACCUGAAGCGCUCACCUGCAGUUCGCUGGUUGAGACUCGAUUGAAACAGCUCGAGGGCCUCAAGGAAGAACUCAUGACGAAGUUCAGGCAAGCUGCGUGGGUAUACUGUGCUUGUGACUUAAGACAUGAAAAGUUCCACCAGUUUAUUGAGAGUAUAAAGGCGCACGAUUUCGGUGACAAGAAUGUGACGUGGAAGCUAUACCCACUCGUUAAGAGUGUAAUACUCACUUCACAGCCAGAUGACUGGAAACUAUUCUUUUCUUGUCCAGCGCAAGUCGCUGAGGACUCAAUUGAUACAGAAAUGCGAGAAGAUACUGGGCUGAAAGAGGACAAUGACGAUGCUGGUGAAGAGGCUGCUUGGAAGGCCUCAAAGCGUAGUGCCAAGCGUACAAAGACGGUUAAACAAGGUGAAAAGAAAGAAAAAGCACCAGAACUUCCAGUCAAGCCAAUUCAAAUCAGUGAAUUCAAGCUCAUUCUGCGAGCAGUUACGAGUGGUCUUCGAAAGCUGAUCCUUGAAUGGGUUGCACGGGAAAGAGCGCUCAGGUUUUUGAAGACAAUACACCUUGUUCAGACUGGAUUUGAGAUCGCUGAAUGCAUUCAGAAAGAAGAGUGCAAUGUUGAAGGCUGCCGGGGCUCCGGAAAGGAAUUCAACAUCUUGGAUGCGUCUACUCUUAAACGUGAUGAGAAAGACAGAAGUGCAAAAUACGGCGGCAGUAAACUGGAUAAGAUGAUCGAAAUCAUCCAGUCAGUGGCCACAGGCGAUCGACUUCUCCUCUUCAUACAGUUCCCGGACCUUAUAGACGUCGCAUCCAAAGCCUUGGAACUGGCAAAAAUCAAGUACACUGCAAUCAUAGCAACUGACCGCAGGGCAGCACAGAAGGUCCAGCACUUUCAGGAAGCUGGUGGCUUUGGUGAGAACAAAGUGUUGAUUCUGCACUUGGGUAGCGAGAUGGCCGCUGGAUUAAACCUUCAAUGCGCAAACCACGUUAUAUUUCUCUCCCCUAUGCUUGCUCAGACCCAGUACGACUAUGACUCGUCAAUGACUCAAGCUAUCGGACGAGCCAGACGAUAUGGACAGACCAAGCACGUCUACAUAUAUCAUCUGUUAGCAAGGAUGACCAUCGACACUACCCUCUUCCAAGACCGCCAUGGAGAAGUGCUGGUCGAGAGGGAUGGAAAGGCCACCCUUGCUGCCAGGGAGGAGGCUGAAGAGGGGGAGAUGGUGAAAGGAGAGGCGAUGUCUGUUGUGGUGGACAACGCGUUCUAA